CCGCAUUUCACAUAUAGCACUUCAAUUCCUCUGCUUCAAUUUAUAUAAAAUUAAACAGCCAGCCCCCUUUCCACUUCCGCAUACAUACAUACAUACUUUUUGUCACCUUAAAAUGUCGUCGUCAAUGAAAAAGUUCGCGCCGCGUCGCGAGCACAAGGAGCGUGGUCAGAUCGCCAGCCGUCAGAAGCUUGGCCACCUCGAAAAGCACAAGGAUUACGUGCUGCGCGCGCGGGACUACAGCGGUAAACAGAAACAGCUUAAGCGUCUGCGUGAGCGCGCAGCGGCACGCAACCCCGAUGAGUUCUACUUUAACAUGGAGCGGUCGCAGAUGAAGAACGGUCAGCAUAUCGAGGAGCGCAACGAGGUGAUAACCCCCGAGAUGCAGCGCCUGAUGGACACACAGGAUAUCACGUACGUGAGGAUGCAGCGCGAUAUCAACAGACACAAGAUUGAGCGACUGCAGAGCGAGAUGCACAUUGUCGACACUACAAAGAAUGUGCACUUGGGCCCGCGGCACACCGUGUUUGUGGACAACGAGGAGGAGGUGCGCACUUUUGAUGCCGCCAAGCACUUUGACACGCUGCCCGAGUUUAUGAACAGAAAAUUCAACCGGCCGACGCUCAGCGUUCUUGAGGAGACAGACAUUGCGCGCCCUUCGAACAAGGAUCUCCGGGCUGCGGCAGAGGACUAUCUCAAGCGGACAGAGUCGGAAAUGGAGAUUCGCAAGGCACUGCGUGAGAAGGGCAAGAAGAAGAAGGUCGGCACGGAUCGGCUGGGCCUUGCCGUCUACAAGUGGAGGGCUGAGCGCAAGAAGUAAACUGUUUAUUGAAAUGCAGUGUUGAAGUGUUUGUAGCGAAUAAUUGAUUAAUGGAAUUAAACCCCAAUUCUA